UUGACAGCUCUAGUUGCACGGCAAAAAACGGGUUGCUGCUGCUGCUUUGGUAAACGGGAACGAACAACGAUUGGCCAACACGAAGACGGGGAGCGAAAUCGUUGUCCUCAUAGCGCCAGCUCACCGUACUUGUAUAUGCGUGUGCUGUAAAAGCGAGUGCCGUGCCGUGACACUCUCUUGCCCGCGCGCCACACCACGGCAAGUCUGUGAAUGUACACAACGCCAGAAGAAGGGAGGCUUCAGCUCCGCUAGCGAUUGACCCGGACGCGUAGCGGAAAGCGUACGCGGACACAGUGACGCGCGGAUCGCGCACAAAUGGACUCGAGCGGGAAGGUGGCCUUCGAGGGCAAGCUGUUCGUGCAGACAAUCGACGCGCGCGAUGAGAACGAGGAAAAGUAUAUGCGGGCGUACCGCACGUUCGAGGAGACGACGGCGGGUCUCAGCGAUAAGGACUUUCACGAUUUGCUAUCCUCGCUGGUCAGCAAGGAGAAGCAGCACGAGGAGAUCUCGCUCGCCCUCGUAUACAUCAUACUGACCGAUCCGAACGGUGCACCAAAGACGUACCGUGAUCUAACGCUGCUGACCCGCGACGGGCUCGGGUUCGUGACGGCCAACCUGGCCAUGCUGGUUGCGGAGAAGUACCACAAGCUGACGGAUGUUGGACGCAAGCAGUUGUUGUGGUUGUUGCGGGAACUGAUCAAAAACCAGGUGCUGAAUGUGGACAACCUGGCGUGGAACAUUCUGCGCCAGGCAAGCGGAGGUGACAUCAGUCCGAAAAACAUUGCGCUGAUAGAAGGUUUGCUGGACAUUUUCACCGAGCACCGGGCGUGGCUGGAGAAGGACCAGUUCCUGAUCGGUACGGUGGCGUAUACGUUCGUGCGGUUAAUCGAGGAUCACUGCGGGCCACAGUUUGUGCAUCUGCGAAACAGGGAGGUGAAGUUUGUAAUCUCGCUGAUACGGGACCGCUUCAUGGACAUUAUUCCGCUCGGGCGGGAAUUUGUGCGGUUGCUGCAAAACGUUGGCCGAAUACCAGAGUUCGAUCAGCUGUGGAAGGACAUGCUGUACAACCCGAAAUCGCUCUGCCCCUCGUUCAACGGUGUGUGGCAGUUGUUGCAGACGCGUACGAGCAGGCGGUUUCUCCGCGGCCGUAUAACGCCGGACAUCGAGCGCAAGAUUCACUUUCUCACUAGCAACGUCAAGUUCGGCAAUCAAAAGCGCUACCAAGAUUGGUUUCAGGAGCGGUACUUUAACACGCCCGAGUCGCAGAGUUUACGGUGCGAUCUGAUUCGGUUCAUUAUCAGUGCGAUUCACCCGACGAACGAUAUGCUCUGUUCGGACAUCAUUCCGCGCUGGGCAAUCAUCGGUUGGCUGUUAACGUCGUGCACGAACGCGGUUACGCUGGCAAAUGCGAAGCUGGCCCUCUUCUACGAUUGGCUGUUUUUCGACCCGGCCAAGGACAACAUCAUGAACGUGGAACCGGGCAUACUGGUGAUGUACCAUUCGAUUAAGAAUCACCCGCUCGUGAGCUGUACGCUGUUGGAUUUUCUUUGUCGCAUCAUGAAGAACUUUUACCCGAAGUGGGAGGAUCGCAUCCGGACCGGUAUUUACAACUCGCUGCGUAAGAUCCUCGAGAUGAAGGUGAUCCCGAAUCUGGUGCCGUUGUUUGAAUCGCCCAAGCUGGACCGUGAUCUGAAGGCAAUGUUGCGGGAAAACUUCCGCGAGUUUUGUGUACCACCGAACAGUGGCAUGUACAUGCAUCCACCCCAGCCCGGUAUGGAGACACAGAUGAUGAUGCACUAUCCCGGUGUGGCCGGCGAACCGAUAGAACAUCCGCCCCAUCUGAUGCAUCCACCCGUGCAUACGGUUCACCCGAGCCAGACCGAUAUCACACAGCUAAAUCGAAUGGAUCCCUCACGGAAAGCACACGACAGUGGAGGAGGAGGAGGAGGCGGCGGAGGUGGUGGUGGAGGAGGGGGAGUGGGAGUAGGAGCCGGAUGGCUCGCCUUAAGAGGACCUAUGGCAGGUGGUGCCGGAACGAUGCCUAUUACACAGGGAGUGCGGAGUGGUGGUCCUCCCGGUGUACUUGCUGGACCCGUGGUCGGUCCAGGCACAGGGCUCGGAAGCGCUCCGAGCGGAGUAUCAGCUGGUAGUGGGACGGGCGCAGCCAGUGCCGGUGGAACUUUUGCCAAACCUUCCGAAGCACCCCGAACGGAUAGCGUAGGAACAGCGGACGAUCCCAAAUUUAGUGACGAUGAGGAGGACGCAUCGAAAGGUACAGCAACGGCGACGAAAACGGAGGACGUGUCGGAUGAUGAUGAUCUGCCGCUGGCAAAGGUACGCCUGCUUGAGAAGCCGGCGAUCGCGAAGGUAGCCCUGCCGGACACACUGAACGGCCAUUUGGAAGAGUUUCUGCGGGAGAAGAGCGUCAAGACGUUCGAGCCGCUGCUACAAAGUCUGGGCAGCUGCGGGAAGGCGGCCCUCAACCUGGAGCAGGAAAACUACCUCACGGAGAGUGUGAUAUCGGUGAUCAAGCAGACACUGCCGGACAAGAGCUACUUCCCUGCGUCGAAAACGGACGAGAAUUUGUCCGAGAGCAUCAACUACCCACUGUUUGCGGCCUACCGGUUGCUGUACCAGCAGGAGGAAUCGUGCAAAAAGCGCAUCUUGGCGCUGUUGGUCGCAAUCGUGACGCGCAUCAAUGUGGCCGGCUACAUGCUGCUGUUCUUCCUGAAGGUGCACGGAAAGCUGCAGAGCAGGCGGAAAGAGAACGCCGGCAGUACCGCGUUCAAGGCGUCCGUCUACGGUGUGCUGUGCGAUGCGCUCGAAUCGGUCGACUCCGUGGACGACUGCAUCGAGAAGGAUCUCAAUCUGCUAGAGAAGCACAACACGCAGAUGUUCCUGUGGAUCCUGCCGGACAUGUAUCGGGAGUUUAAGCAAACGAUGCUCAACAACACGACCGUGCUGCGGCUGCUGGUGGGUUGCAUCGAUGCGAGCAAUCUCGGCGACAUCAUCUACAGCAUCACGCAGGGCAAGCUGAUCCUGUUCGACGAGGACGGCAUCGUGGAGAUCCUGCGCAAAAGCCUCGAGUACGAAACGUUCGAACAGGUCUGCAUCUGGCAGCUGGUACAGGCACACGACAUCCCACUCGAAACGUUCCAGGAGGUCAUCCCCGAGCUGGAGUCCGGUGCACAUGCGGAAGCGCUGACCGCGAUUCUGCUGCUGCUGCGUGCCGAGAAACCGACCACCGAGCUUGUCCGGUUGCUGCUGAGCCGCGAGACAGAAACGAAGCACCGAGGGGACCCGUUUGUCACCUCGGUCCUACGCUACUGGUGCCAGGAGUUCGAGGAAAAGCUGUCCGAGCUGAUAGCGGCCCUGCUCACCUCGAAGUAUCCCUCCAACUCACCGAACAAACGCAAGCGGCCCUCGAAGAGCGCGCAGCAAAAUACGGCCCCCACCUCGGAACAGCUGCUAAACCAUCUGGAACACUUCCGGCGUAGCUGCCGGCACGGGAACGGUACCGGUACGGGGCUGUUUGUGCAGAACGACAUGCAGCGCGCCCUGCAGCAAGCGUUCGCGCACAGUUCCGAAAGCCAGCGGAAGCAGUUUAGCGAUCUGUUCGCACUCGCAGCAGAGGACGAAACGUCCACCACGGUCGGCCGGCGUGGUACGAGCAGUCGCGGGCGGAAAGCACCCUCGAACAAGAAGGAAACGGCGGCAGAGAAGGCGGCAGCUGCGGCCGCAGCAGCACAUGCCAACAACAGUAAGAAGGCGGCGGAAGCGGCCGCUCACUUCAGCGACGACUCAAGCGACGAAGACUGGUCCAAGCAGAAAGCCUCGAAGCGAAGGAAAACGCUAAGCGAUUCCGAUUGACACCGUUCGUCGGUGGAACUGGUUCGGCGCUCGUUGGCCCUCCCGUUGGCGGUGGUAGCGAUGGUGGCGGUGCGCCUGGCGAAGGGAGGUAAUUGUGUACAGUUUGCCGCGGCUAUUGCCAACUGCCAUUCAAUGGACACACAUCCGGUGGCACACAGCGAUCAGUACUUUUGUUUGUAAGGGAACGCGAAACCGAUCCGCGAUCGAGUUUGGAAAUGGAGUAGUUUCACACACGCUCGUUCGUUCAGAGACCCGCCCCGGUCCAACCUGUCUUUCCUUCUUUUUCCCAGGUGUCGUCAUCUUUUUUGAAACGCCCAAUGCAAGAGAGAGAGAGAGAGGGAGAGAGUGCCAGAUUUAGAUUUGGGGAGUUGUACCGCGCCCGCAACCGGAACCCUCACUCUGCCACAGGUAUAACACGUCGUUUUUUAACUACCGGCUGACGAUACCGGACGCGGAAGCUGCGAAGUGUUCGUGGGAACUUCGAGCUUUCCUUUAAUGCUUGCUUUGCCGACACGUUCGUUUGCUAUGCGAAACGGACGUUCGUCUAAAAUCGUGAACCUGAGAUGCAAUAUUGUAAAAUAUCGUUAUAGAUAGUUAUCAGUAUCAUUAGAAUCGUGCGUACACGGGGAUGGGAGAGGUUUUCCUCGUGAUAUUCAAUAUGUAUAUGUAUAUGGCCUCUACAUAUGUUUUUUUUUUAAUUAUACAUAGUUUCUUUUUAACGGCGUUUGCCAACCGAUUCAACAGCGGAGGCAACGCGAGCAUCAUGUGUGCUUUUACAGACAAUGCACAGAUUUUCAACUCAACAAUCAUGUUACAAAUCAAAAGCGCAGGGAUCGAAUUGUGAAUGGGCGCGGGAACUCGAUCGACAUCACACAUGCGAAUGUAGGAGCAUCAAUAGGCGAAACACUGGCGUUUAGCGAAAGACAGGCGGAACUGACCGGUGAAGGAAUGGGCGUCGAGUAUGCGAAGUACUCAUUUUAAUGUGGAUCAUGCCGUGGAAGGAUGUUAGAGAUUCUUCCCGUCGCGCGUGUAUGUGUGUGUGUCACGUCGCAUAAUCUAAAUCGGGCUCGUAGGUUUUGCAACAGGAUGUCCCAUUGGUAGGAUGAAAAAAGGGCGAGGGUCUGGGCUGGGUGGUCUGUAGGAAAGGGAGGGGAAGAAGCACGGCUACAAAGGAAUAUACACACUUAGAAAUUGCGUAAAAUAUGUAAUAGUAUUUCUAAAAAAAUGUUUAUAGAUUAAAUAAAGCGAACAUUGAUGUAAAA